AUGAGUGACAAAGACAAAGCCCCAACAAAUACAAAAGAAGUGUCUCAGAAAGAGAAGCCCGACGAUGAGCCGGAAGUGGUGAAAUUCUCCCCUGAAGAGGAAGCAGCUGACGCCAAUUCCCUUUUCACCUCCAAAGACUACCACAAUGCUCUCUCCAGAUACGACGAUGCCAUUGCAUCAUGUCCCAACUACCUCCACUAUGAGCGUGCCGUUCUACAGAGCAACAUUGCCGCAUGCCACUUGAAAAUCGAACAGUGGAAAGAAGCAAUAAAGGCCGCAUCAGAUGCCCUCGACGGCUUGGCAAAGCUUGAAACCGAGUCAAGUCCAAAUGAUCCAAAGGCCGACACCAAAGAAGACGACACAUCAAACAAGCCAGAGACAAAAGCCACCGAAGAAGACGACGAGGUCGAAGAAGAAAUCGUCAGCUCAGGUGCAGCUCGCUCCGCACCCAUGCCCGCCCCCGAACCAACCCCCGAGCAGGUAGCCCUAGAGAAUCGCAAAGCAGACAUCCUCCGCAUCCGCACCAAGGCGCUGCUUCGACGUGCUCGAGCCCGUUCUGAAGCCGGCGGGUGGUCGAACCUAGCUGGCGCGGAAGAAGACUACCGCACGCUCUCUCAAAUGCCUGGGCUGACACCGGCUGAUCAGCGCACCGUUCGGACGCAGCUCAAGGCGUUGCCGCCGCGAACAAAGGCUGCUCAGGAGGCCGAAAUGUCGGAAAUGUGGGGGAAGCUGCGUAGUCUUGGCGAUGGUAUCCUCAAGCCAUUUGGACUGAGCACAAACAAUUUCCAAAUGGUCAAGGAUGAGAAGACUGGAGGCUAUAGCAUGAACUUUACGCAGGGAGGCUCAUCGUCAUGA